AUGAUCAAACAGGAAGCUGGUGGUAGUGAAAAGGAACAAGUUAAAUGGUCAGAAAUAAUGGAUUAUGCGUACAUCCAAGCGAUGAUUAAACAACAAGAGACAGGCAAUAGGGUGAAUGGUAGUUUCACACCAACUGCAUAUGCUCAAAUGGUUGAGGAAUUGAACACAAACCAUCAAAUGGAUAUUACCAAAAGUCAUUUGAAGAAUCGCUACAAAACCUUAAAAAAACAUUUUUCGCAAUGGUACGAUGUGUUUAGGGGAAUUUCAAUGAGCGGGUUCUCUUGGAAUUCGUCUACUCAACUAAUAGAAGCGGAGGAAGAAGUAUGGGAUAAUUUAAUAAAAUCAAAACCUGAGGCUGUGUCGUUAAAGACAAAAAAGAUUGCAUACUUCGAUGAGAUGUUGAUGUUAUUUGCAAGGGAUAGGGCAUCUGGUGCACAUGCUGAGACAGCGAAAGAAAGAAAUGUCCGAUUAAAUAAAAAUGAAAAUAUUCAAGUUGAAACAAUUAAAGAAGUUGAUGACAUGUUAGCUAACAAUGAAAUUCAUUUGGAGAACGAAUAUGUUGAUCUUGAUGAUAACAUUCAUGAUGUUAUUCCACCUCCUUUUUCACAAGAACAGUCUUCAUGUGCAAAGAAGUGUAAGAGUAAAAAGAGGAAAUUUGAAGACGACGACGAAGAAGAAGAUAUUAACUCAAAGAUAAUGAAAUCGGUUGAUAAUGUGGUUGGUGCUAUCAGGGAGGGUAAUAUAAUUUUUGAUAGAGCUUAUCCUCGGGAAUAUACAGGGGAAGAAAUUUAUAGAGAAUUGGAGUUGGUGGGUUUGGAACCCCAUGAAUUACCGAGGGCUCUAAAUUUUUUGGCAACAAAUCAAGCAAAAGCUAGGACAUUGUUCAGUUGUCCCCUUCAGAUACGGAUGGGUGUCCUCAAAGAUAUGAUGGGUGCACGUGAUUAAAUAACCUUGGGUGAUUGUUACUGAAUUGAUCUAAUGCGUUUAUGAUUUUGGUUUUUUUUUAUUUUUUUUAAGUUGUUUGUGGUUUUCGUUUUGCAUCUUGAAAACAAUUGAAUAACAUGCGGUUUCCCUUUUUACAAUUUACUUUAUGUUAAAAUAAAAUUGUUUUGUUAAUGUUUUAAGUAGAGGGGAGGAAGGGAGAGUUGGUUUUUUUGGGGUAGGGGGUAUGGUAGAAUGAAUGUGGGGAUGUAAAGACUUAAUAUUUACUCAAAAACAUAAAAGGGUAUAAUUGUCUUUUUUUACUUUCUUUUCUUUCCUUUAAUGAACUCGGGAGCACCUAAAAUGAAUACUCUCUUUUCCUUUCUUUCGAACUCGGGAGCACUGAAUACUUUAUUAUUUCCGUUCCUUUCCUUUUCCUUUCUCUCCUUGUUCUUCCUUUCUUUUCUUUUCUUUCCUUUAGUGAACUCGGGGAGCAGGGUGUGAAACUUCGUUUGAUGAAUCACAAUGCAGACGUACUGGUGUGGCUAAAAAGGUUGGGUGACUGGAGAUGGAGGUUCGUUUAGAGUGCUCGUUGUAGGCACUGAGUUUAUUUAGUUAGGAGACGAUUUCUUUUAGUUUAAUUACAGACCACCCUCUUUGGUA